AUCGGAAUUUUCUCAAUUAAAGCUCUCCGAUAACCUUCCGAUCAAUCCAUGGACGCGAUCAAAAGCUGGAUUGCGGAUGCCUUCGCACGAGAAAACGAAGCCCUGACGAAAGCUCUACAGAUCUCCCUCUCCGACUACUCCUCCGCCUCCGAAACCCUCUCUUCCCUACCUCCACCGCCUCCUCCCGCGGCCAAGUCGGACUCGUCUGAACCAGCGGCGAGGCGAUUCGGAGUCGGUCUAACCGGUAAUCCAAUCCCCUGCUUGCCGUCGGGGAAGAUUGCGAAAAAGAAGUCGCGGGCUUCGAAGAGGACG